AUGACACUAACAGGAGUGAUUAGACCGAGAGCCUGUAAAACCUGUCGGAGGAGAAAGGUAAGGUGUUCGGGUGAUCUACCAUGUUGCACAAAUUGCCAGAUAAGUAACUCGAACUGCGUAUACGAGCAAGCUCGGCGGGAUCGUCUGAGAGAGGCCACACAACUAAACCAGACUUUUGUUUCACUUCUCAGGGACCUGAGCGAGCGCGUGGGGGAGGAUGACCAGAAGAAAAUUCACGAUGCUAUAGAAGAGGCCGAAGACGAUCUGCUCACCCAUAUACCGCUUGUGACCGAACAUUCCUUAGGAAAGAGACCCCGGGACGAAUCCUCUCGCAACGAGGAAGAAACAGCAGAGAGUGGACAUUAUGGUGGUGAAGCAUACGUAACCGCUUCGGUAGGAUCUAACGAGGAUCUUGAUAACCUCAACGAGGAUUUGCUGCGAACUCGCGAGUCCAGGGAGACGGGAUACAUAGGCCAGAAUUCUGAGAUUCAAUGGCUACGAAGUGUUCAGCGUCAAGCAGAGAGCGGCAAUACCGACCCAGUCCGCCAGCGAUUUGGGCCCCCAGGAGCAAGUCAAGGUGCUGCGAACCAACGAUCUGAUGCCCUUCACGAGCGAAGGCAAAACGCAACCCAAGGAUCUAUGCGAUACAUCACCGAUGCGACAUUUUACCUUGAUAGCGACGACAUUGAAGUUGAUAUUGCGGUCGAUCCAUACGAAGUCCCAGAUCCCGAAACCGCAGAGCACCUCUUCAAUUGUUACAUGCGCACCGUUCAUAGUUCAUUUCCGCUUCUGCCCACGAACUUCGAGGACCAAUUCCGGAGAUACCUCGAUUCCUUGAGGCUGAAUCGACCGUUCCAGAUCCCUGAAAAAUGGCGCGCAAUUAUGAAUUUGCUAUUCGCAAUCGCUGCAAAAUACUCUCACCUCACGGGUGCCGGGUGGAGAGGGGACACUCGCGAUCAUUUAGUGUACAUGACACGGGCAGUGCAUCUUCUGGGCUUGAAAAACACGAUUAUGAUGAUAUCAGGACCCGAUUUGAGCCUUGUUCAAGCCACCGGCCUCCUCUCAUUUUACUUUCUGGUCAUUGGUCACGUCAGCAGGGCGUGGAUCGUGAUAGGAACUUCAAUGCGACUUGCCCUAGCACUCGGCCUCCAUCUACGGAAUGAAGAUCGUUCGGCAAAUGGCAUGAGGAAGGAGUUGAUGCAAAACACUUGGUGGAGCUUACACGCAAUCGAGUGUCUUGUAAGCUCUAUAACGGGGCGACCUCCCGUCAUCGCCAUCGAAGAUUGCACGGUGUCUCUCCCACAAUCGGCAUCUACUGAGCGAGACACAAAUAGUAGCAGCACGAGACGCGCAUCACGCAUACGUACGGAUUACAUCUCUCCGCAGAGCCCUACGAGUAGUGGCAGUUCAGCAUCAGGCAGUCGAGCUGGGCCUCAAGCUUCUUAUUUUGUCAUUCAUGUCAAUAUGACAUUGAUUUCACAAAAGGUGCUUGUGAGCCUAUACUCACCCCGGACAGCUGCUAGUUCUUGGCAGUCCGUUCAAACCAAAAUCACGGGGCUCCUUGCUGAGCUUGAAGAGUGGAAAAAGGAAUCCUUACCACAAAUCCUUGGACCCGGACACCCACAACAACUGGACGACGAACGCGAGCGAUUUUUGCUCAGAAUAUCCUACUGGAGCACGAAAAUACUCAUCACGCGACCCUGUCUAUGUCGGCUCGAACGACGUAUUGAAAAUGAGAGCAACCGCUCUGUAGAUUUCAAUUCCCAGGCAGCUGAGGCUUGUGUAGAGGCUGCACGAGAACUGACGAAAUUAUUGCCUGACCAGCCGGACGCAGAUUUUAUCUACUCGUCAGGACCAUGGUGGACAGUGAUUCACAUUAUCAUGCAGUCUAUGGCUGUGCUACUUUUAGAGAUGGCCUACGAAGGCAAGAACUUAACGAACGACAAGCCAGAUUUAGUUGCAUCUAUCAAAAAGCUCCUCAGCUGCCUGCGUGUUAUGCAGGUCAAGGAUCCAGUUGCCGCACGUGCACUUCAGGUUGUUUGGAGGAUCUUGAAAACAUGUGCUCCGUCCCUGCAUUCUCAAGCCAAUGAACUACUUGCCGACGAAAUCGGUUCCCCUCUACAAGGUCAACCUUCCCAAGAUUUCCACAAAUCGAGGAAACAGACGCAGCAAGCGCCAUGGCAGGCGCCAGACUUUUCCAACAGUCCGAUAGGGAACCCGGCAGCACUCGAUCCGCGCCUCUUUCAACCGCAAACAACGGAUCCACUCUCCGACGAACAAUCUGGCGUAUAUCAAUCCUUUGCGCCGGAUCCAGUACAGUUGCCCCAGGUCUUUGGUCAUCCAUUCGUUACGAGCUUUGACCAAGGUGCGCCCAUCGUCGACAUGCAGAAACUAUGGGCAGAUCCGACAUCUGAAGGCCAGUUCAACAUGGACUUCUUUGACAUGAACAUGUACCAACGUCAGCAACAUACCCAACAGACGCAGGACGACCCCAGCAUGAAAUACUCACUGUAUAAUCAAGAGUAA